AGUAUGAUCAUACGGGAUCGACUCUUCUGGCAGCUCUACCUCACGAGAAAGCCUUGACUCAUCCUCGAGUAUUAAGUGAUUCCAUAGUUAACCGGUCAUCGGGUCUCUUGUCCAGUGGAGCCUCAUCGUCUUUCGAUCUAGUAUUGAUCUUGAUAUGGAAUGCAAACAGUGCAAACUAACUUCCCCAGACAAACACAGCAAACAGCAAAUCGUCCUCCAGUUUAUUAUUCGGCUUCCAAGCGACUGGACUUCCGGGUGCCGUGACAGCCACGAUUGCCGCAGAUGGUCUGACAUUUGAUAUCAGCCUCGAAUAUUCAAUUUUCGGGCCGAUUGUUUGAUUUAUUCGAGUCCAGGAUUGGUCUGGGCGCUUGUUAUUUCCAUUCUUACCUUCCUUUUGGAGAUCUAAUCCUGCCAUAAUUCGUUCUCGUGACCGAACAGCGCCAAUAACACAUCAGCUUACUUCCAACCAUGGCGGCUCCAGGACGAGGCGCGCCUUUGGCGAGGUCAUUACUUCGACGGCCUUUUAAAAGGAGCCAAUGCCCAUCUCGCUUUUCCCAGAGACAGACCCUCAGAUAUUCUACAGAACAGAAGUCUCGCGAGUCGGUGCAGUUCACCGUCUGGCGACCGUACCUUCGACUUGCUAUUGGCGUGCCAUUCGUCGGUGCUCUAAUAUAUUCCAUAAUGACUGGCGAAGUGACAGAGCUCGACUCCCCGUCCAUAGUCGAGCUGGACGAAGCCUUGAAAAACCAAUCGACCAUCAAUGAGUCCUCUCCAAUGCGCCUCCGCAUGGAGAAAUUGAUCAAAGAGCACCAGAAGAAGAUCACAGAGGAAUUGAGUCGCAUAGAUGGGAAGGAGUUCAAAACAGACACUUGGACACGUCCUAACGGCGGUGGUGGUAUCUCCUGUGUGCUCCAGGACGGCAAUGUCUUUGAGAAGGCCGGCGUCAAUGUCUCUGUCGUUUAUGGAGAGUUGCCUCGGGCUGCCAUUGAGAAGAUGCGCGCGGACCACAAGUCAUUCGUUGCCGCUGAUGUGGACUCUUUAACGUUUUUCGCUGCAGGGUUGUCUUUGGUCCUACACCCCCACAACCCUAUGGCACCUACAGUCCACCUGAACUACCGAUAUUUCGAAACCUCAGAUCCCAAAGAUCCCCUUCACGGAGACAAGAAUUGGUGGUUUGGUGGCGGUACAGAUCUGACGCCAUCUUACCUCUUCCCGGAAGACUGCGAACACUUCCACAAGACCAUCAAGGAUACCUGCGACAAACACGACCUGACCUACUACCCGAAGUUCAAGGAAUGGUGUGACAAGUACUUUUACCUACCUCACCGCGGCGAAGCCCGCGGUAUCGGCGGUAUCUUCUUUGACGACCUCGAUGCCGCGUUCCUUCAAAGCUCAUCUUCAUCUUCCCAAAACCCACAAGAAACUCUCUUCUCUUUCGUCACUGAUGCUCUGGCCUCUUUCCUCCCUUCAUAUGUUCCCAUCCUCGAGCGACGCAAGGACAUGCCAUUCACUCCUGCCCAAAAGGAAUGGCAGCAGUUGCGCCGCGGUCGCUACGUCGAAUUCAAUCUCGUCUAUGACCGAGGCACAAGUUUCGGUCUGCGCACACCCAACGCCCGUGUGGAGAGCAUUCUGAUGAGUCUGCCCCGAACGGCUAGCUGGGUGUACAUGGACCCGAUCUCGGGAACCUUCACGGACGACAAAGUCGACGGCACAGAAGAGCAGGCUGAGACGGAAGACAAGCAGAGAGAAAAGGAAAUCAUGGACGUUCUGAAGAACCCAAGACAGUGGGCUUGAAUGGAAAUCAUGUGUAUGACAACGCAUUAUGUAAAUUAAAGUUUUCGCUCUCCUGUAUGUAUGUAUGUGUUACUAGUUAUAUAUUAAAAUGAAAAGACCACGAACCGGAUAGAUCCGGAAUAGACGGUCAUCGAUAUCACUCGAAUCGCAGUCAAUAUUUUCCUUCAUGAUGUAGAAUUGAAGCUUGCUUCCCUUUUCCUUUCUCUUUUUCUUGCCUUCCUUGAAAAUUUGUACUAGUUAGUCCUUUUGAUUAUUAACAAUUCUUCUUUUCCCGUCGAAAAGACAAUCUGGACCUGAAAUAUUGACAG